ACCGCAGAGGGCGCUUCAGCAGCAGGCGGUGGCUGUCGUAAUUAUUUUUAUAGCGACAAGCCGUAAAUUGAUUUGUGGCAAGUCCAAGAUGGUGAAAUUUGGGCUCCAGUUUAAAGCGACUUUGGAAAAUAUCAGCAAAGUGCGACCGGAGGGAGAGGACUUCCGCUGGUUCCUGAAGUUGAAAUGUCAGAAUUGCGGAGAAGUUUCUGAUAAAUGGCAGUAUAUCACAUUACUGAGCAGUGCCCCACUCAAAGGUGGGAGAGGAAGUGCCAGUAUGAUACAGAAAUGCAAGUUAUGCUCGAGAGAGAACUCCAUUGAUAUUCUAAAGGACACAGUCAAGCCAUACAAUGCUGAAGACAGUGAAAAGUUUAAAACUAUAGUACAUUUCGAGUGUCGAGGAUUAGAACCAGUGGACUUUCAACCACAGGCUGGAUUUGCUGCAGAAGGGGCUGAAUCCGGAACACAAUUUGGUGAGAUUAAUCUGAUGGAAAAGGAUUGGAAUGAUUAUGAUGAGAAAAUCCGGGAAUCGGUGGGAAUCUAUGAAGUCACUCAUCGGUUUGUUAAAAUUUGAACUUGACUCUCAACAGACACUUGCCAGCUGAAGAUUCUCUUUUGCACUUAAAUAACCUGAGAAAGAGAAGCAAAUGCACCAUUAUUUCAUCUGGCAUUUAUUUGUUAAUGAAUCCUUUCUGCACCUUGUGCCAAGGUUGAAGAAGUUAAAUUAUGACCAAUUAAAUUUAACACUGGCCAGCUGAAUUAUCAUUAAAAUGUUGCCCGAGGGUCUGUCAUCAUCCUUGUUCAACUGUGGAAGACAUCUUUUGAUUCCAGUAUCUAAACAUGCUGCUAGCUCUUCAGCAUUCUGUGGUUACUGACAGCAAGUCUGGAUACUAAGUUACAAAUCACUUUUCCAGGAGUUUAAAAUUAAAUACUAAUUAAAAAAAAACUUCAUGGCAAUGAUGAACUGUUAAAUAAGGUAGUCAGUAUACUUUAUCUCCAACUGUUUAUUUUUGUCAGUACAUGAGCUAAUGUAGUAGACACGUGCAGUUUAUCCUCUAUGCAGAGGACAUUAUCCAACGGUAUAUGUACUUAACCAAAGGUAGGUAGGUUGGUCAAUCAUAGAUGCAAUCUGUGUUCAUUAUAUAGAUCAACCUUCAUCUUUAAGAUUGCCUGGGUCUGGGCUGUGCACUCUAGCCAAUAUGCUGUAUGCUUCAGGUUCAACAGACCAACUUAUAUCUCAAUCUUGGUGCCUCACAUGCUGUCUAUGAAGUUGACACACUGAAAAAUUGAUCUAAUAGAUCACAGGUUUUAGAGGCAGAUAGCCUUCAAUGUUAAAAAUGAUGAAAGGUGGGUGGGGGAAGAAACAGUAAGAUUUCCAGUUUACAGAAAUAUUUUUGUGAGUUGACGAUAGAUAGUCAAGUGUAUAUCAAUGAUUUUGCUACAUACAGCAGUGAAACCAUUGGUUCAUGAUCUCACUAAAGAACAGCUUCAAAUAGUUAUUAAAAAUAUGAAGAAGCAACACAGAUGAAUUUGUGCAUCUCUGUAUAACUCUGGAGGAAAUGCAUAUUUCACAGAAUGGUUAAAGCACAGAAGGCCAUUUGACCCGUCAUGUAUGUGCCAACUCUCUGCAAGAGCAAUUUACCCAGACCUAUUCCCCUGCUUCAGAUAAUUAUCCAAUUCUCUUUUGAAAGCCUAGGCACAAAGGCACUGCAUUUCAGAUCCAAACCACUCACUGCAUAAAACAAGUUUUUCCUCAUGUCAUCAUUGCAUCUUUUGACAAUCACCUUUAGAUCGGGACCCUUCCACCAAUCAGAACAGUCUCUCCCUAUCUACUGUCCAGAUCCCUUAUGAUUUUGAAAAUCUCUAUCAAAUCAUCUCUUAGAGCAGUUCUAGUUUCAUCAAUCUAUCCAACUAACUAAGUUCCUCAUUCCUGGAACUAUUCUUGUAAAUCUUUUCUGCACGGUCUCGAAUGUCUUCACAUUCUUUGGAAAGUGGGGUGCCCAGACCUGUACACAGUACUCCAGUUGGGGUUGAACCUGUUUUUUUGUAAAGUUUUAUUACAACUUCCUUGAGUUUGUACGCUAUGGCCCUAUUUAUAAAGCCCAAGAUCCCAUAUGCUUUAGCAACUUUCUCAACGUGCCCCGUCAGCUUCACUGAUCAGUGCAUAUACGCCUCCAGGUAUCACUGUUCUUUCACCCCUUUUAGAAUGGUAUCCUUUAUUUUGUAUUGCUUUUUCUUGUGGUUCCUACCAAUAUGAAUCACUUCACACUUAUCUGCAUUAAAUUUCAUCUGCCACAUGUCCUCUUGAAGUUUAUCACUGUCGUCCUCACAAUACUUUCAAGUUUUGUUAUCCACAAAUUUUUCAAUCGUACACUUGCAAGUCUAGGUCAUUAACAUAGAUGAAGAAAAGCAGUGGUUUUAACACCAAUCCCUGAGGAACUCCACCUUACUCCAGAUCGAAAAACACCCAUCCACCAUUACUUUCUUUCCUGUCACUAAGCCAAAUUUGUACCCUUGUUGCAGGUGUUCCUUUUAAUCCAUGGACCUCAUUUUUAAUGGGCAGAUAAGCCUGCUCCAAGGCACUUUAUCAAACGUCUUUUGGAAGGUUAUGUGCACCACAACAACCAGAUUACCUACAUCAAACCUCUCUGUUACCUCAUCAUAGACUCAAUCAAAUUAGUCAAACACGAUUUGCCUUUAACAAAUCCAAACUGGCUUAGAUUUACUUACACAAGAAGAAUUUCCACUAAACCUUGGAAAUUACAGUGCCAGAUCAGUAAGCCUGAAGAAAUUCAUAGUAAAAGUUUUUCCAAUUAUUUCAGUGGGAGUCAGAUCAUAACAAAGCAUAGAAGAUAACUUCAGAUUGAGAGAGACAAAGAAAUUCCAAUACAAAUGUUAAGUGAGUCACUUCAUUUUUGGUUUCAUUUCAAAACUGAUUAUUCUAUUAAAUUACAUCUCUUACAUUCAUACAAUAUAAAUGCCAAAGUUAGUCCAAUUUCAUUUUAAAAAAUCAUUCAGCUUAACUUUGAAACAUGACUAUCAUUUGGUACAUGACUUUCUGCUCCUGAUUCAAAUAUAAAAUGAACACAGUGCAAAGCGCACUGUGAAAUUGCAUUGAAGUAGCAUAAUUAAACAUAUCAUUUCUCUCUGAAUGCUUAGUAACUGUCUUACUGCCCCCAAAAGUGAAAUUCCUUUGGUCAAACCUGCCUAUUAAAACUAAAAAUUAAAAAGAGGAUUCUUCAUGGGAUUAUUACAUCCUAAUAUUUCCAAUAUUAAAGCUACAGAAUGCAUAGUGAACUUAAAGUUUAUAUCACAUUAUUAUUAAGCAACAUUUAGAAAAGCUUGCCCAAAACUCCCUAGCACAUAGCUAUUGUAAGAUUACAGCAGUGUCGAUAGGAAAAGAGGUAUACAGUGAGUUGCUGUCUAUGAAACACAAUGUAGAUUUAAAAAUCAUCUCCAUCUAUUAAAGUUAAAAUAUAUCUUGAAUAUGCACUAGUACUAAUGUACAUUGGUGUUCUCAUUUCACUAAGAGUUGUGACUAGGAUUUGAAUAAAAUGUAAUUGAGGAUGCAUGAAA